ACAGCAAAGUGGCAUAUUCGUUCGGAUCUAGACAUUGACAAUAUGGCAAAGAAAUUACACUACUUCAAUUUGAACGGGUUGGCAGAAUCGAUACGGUACAUUUUGUACUACAGUGGUGAAAAAUUCGAGGAUGUCAGAUAUGAGAGAUCCAGUUGGCCCAUUAAAAGUGUGAAAGAUUCUCUGCCAUAUGGUCAACUACCGUUAUACGAAGAAGGUAACCGUAGCCUGAACCAGUCCCUGGCCAUUGCCCGUUACGUUGCUGUAAGGGCAAACCUCUUGCCCUCGGAUCCCUUCGAACAGGCUAUUUUGGAUGCUGCCGUCUUUAACAUUUACGAUUUCUGGAGCAAGGUCGGAACAUACAUUAGGGAAGAAGAUGCAGCCAGAAAGGAACAGAUUAAGAGAGAAAUUUUGACCGAGUCUGUGGACUUUUAUUUCUCGAGAUUUGAGAAACAAUUAAAAGCAAACAACGGAUAUUUUGGUGGACAGCUAAGCUGGGCCGACUUCAUUCUCCUCGGGAUCAUCGAGACCACAAACCUUUUCCUCAAUACUGAAGUUGAGAGGAACUAUCCCACAAUAGUUGCUCUGUUGAACAGGAUUCGAUCAUUGCCUGGCGUGAAGGCUUAUAUCGCCACAAGGAAGCCAUACACACUGUAAAUAAAUCAACUUAAUUUUUA